AUGCAGUCGGGCGAAGAUAUUUUAGGACUAUUAAUUGCUUCAGAUGAGCUAUUAAUGGAAGAAUUAUUCAAACAUGUUCAAGAUUACUUGUUUGAAAAACAUAUAUGCUGGAUUCAACAAAAUUUUAUUUUCGUACUUCACACUGUGUUUAAACUUUCUAGCUGCAAGAACUUGCAAGAAUAUUGUCUUGGAUCGAUUUGUGCCGAUCCAGAACCGUUUAUCACUUCGAAAAACUUUCUAUUACUAGAUAAAAAUAAAGAUUACAAAUUUAAUAAAAAAUCCGAUAUCUAUAGUGUUGGA